CUGCCCCAAGGUUGGCUGCGAACAGUGCCUCUUGUGGAGUGAACCUGACCAGAGUGGAACCACGCCGCAUAGCCAUGACCCUCGUUCUGCUGCUAGCCGCAGUAUGCUGCGCAAUUCCAGGAGCAUUUAGCGGUGGAUUCGGGGGACUUGGAGGCGGCGGAUUUGGCGGCGGCGGCUACGGUGGAGGAUUAGGAUCAAGCUUCGGACCUGGCUUCGGCGCUGGCUUAGGGACGAGCUACAUAUCAGGAGGAACCUAUGGUGGCGGCGGCGGCGGAGGUGGCCAAGCUUAUGCACUCGGACCGGCGUACAUGGUCAAGCCAGGGCACGGCGGUGGUGGAUUCGGCGGCGGUGGCUUCGGAGGUGGCAUCUCAUCUGGCUACGGCGGAGGAGGCUACAGUCCCGGAUUCGUAUCCGGACUCGGUGUUGGCGGUGGUUACGGUGGAGGCCUCGGAGGUGGCGGUUUUGGAAGUCAUGCUGCUAGUUCUAAAAUUGUGGUCCUCAAAGGCAGCGGAGGGGGAGGGUACGGCGGUGGUCUUGGUGUUGGUGGGGGAUUGGGGGGUUUAGGAGGAGGACACGGCUUCGGCGGCGGAAUGACAGGCGGAUGGUGGUAACCACAAUCAGAAAAGGGGAUUGCAUAGACGAUAGAAUGCAUGGAGGUGUCCAAUGUUACCAAACUCAGGCUGAAAGAUCAGGUUCGAUAGGCAACCAAUCGACACCAUGGUUGUUUUCGGGCCGUACGAAAAAUGAGCAAAUCCGAUGUGCGGUCUGAUGCCAUGAAAUGAUUAUUAGAAAAACACGCAACAUGCGUGCAUCGUCGAAUCACUUG